GGGAAAACAGCCAGGGGUCUCAGGGGCCGAACAAGCACGGACCGGAAGUUCUGCAGCCACGCCGUCCGGCGGAGCCGUUGGCUGCGGACGCCGGAAGUGGCCAGUCGGCAGGUCUGAGGCGGCGCUCUGUGUGUGAAGCGUACCUAGGGCGGGAGGCGACAUGGAGCCCGGGGCGGCCGAGCUGUAUGACCAGGCCCUUCUGGGCAUCCUGCAGCACGUGGGCAACGUCCAGGAUUUCCUCCGCGUUCUCUUUGGCUUCCUGUACCGCAAGACAGACUUCUAUCGCUUGCUGCGCCACCCGUCGGACCGCAUGGGCUUCCCACCCGGGGCCGCGCAGGCCCUGGUGCUGCAGGUAUUCAAAACCUUUGACCACAUGGCCCGUCAGGAUGAUGAGAAGAGAAGGCAGGAACUUGAAGAGAAAAUCAGAAGAAAGGAAGAAGAAGAGGCCAAGACUGUGUCAGCCGCUGCAGCUGAGAAGGAGCCAGUCCCAGUUCCAGUCCAGGAAAUAGAGAUUGACUCCACCACAGAAUUGGGUGGGCGUCAGGAAUUAGAGAAAGUGCAGCCUCCAGGCCCACAGGACCCUGUGAAGGAAAUGGCCCAUGGCUCACAGGAGGCAGAAGCUCCAGGAGCAGUUGCUGGUGCUGCUGAAGUCCCUAGGGAACCACCAGCUCUUCCCAGGAUUCAGGAGCAGUUCCAGAAGAAUCCCGACAGUUACAAUGGUGCUGUCCGAGAGAACUACACCUGGUCACAGGACUAUACUGACUUGGAGGUCAGAGUGCCAGUACCCAAGCACGUGGUGAAGGGAAAGCAGGUCUCAGUGGCCCUUAGCAGCAGCUCCAUUCGUGUGGCCAUGCUGGAGGAAAAUGGGGAGCGUGUCCUCAUGGAAGGGAAGCUUACUCACAAGAUCAACACUGAGAGUUCUCUCUGGAGUCUCGAGCCCGGGAAGUGUGUUUUGGUGAACCUGAGCAAGGUGGGCGAGUAUUGGUGGAACGCCAUCCUGGAGGGAGAAGAGCCCAUCGACAUUGACAAGAUCAACAAGGAGCGCUCCAUGGCCACCGUGGAUGAGGAGGAGCAGGCGGUGCUGGACAGGCUUACCUUCGACUACCACCAGAAGCUGCAGGGCAAGCCACAGAGCCAUGAGCUGAAAGUCCAUGAGAUGCUGAAGAAGGGGUGGGAUGCUGAAGGUUCUCCCUUCCGAGGCCAGCGAUUCGACCCCGCCAUGUUCAACAUCUCCCCGGGGGCUGUGCAGUUUUAAUGACCAGAAGGAAAGGAAACCCUCGCCGGUGGGGAGGCAGAGCCUUAUCCUCGGCCGCCCUCCUCGGCUCCCUGCGUUCCAGGGACUUGCUCGUCUUGUUUACCCCUAACCAUCCUUUCUUUCAAGGGUGAACCAGGCCUUCCACCCUGACCUUGCAUCUCCAGACUGUUGCAGAGAAGGUGCGGGGCCAGCUGCUGUGUGGUGGCCGCUGUGGCUGACGCUGAGUGAAGGUGUUUGAAAUGCAGGAGAGGAUAUCCCAGCAAAUUGGGAUCACAUGCUUUUGUCUCCACAGCAACCAGCCACUGCAGGCAGCAUGUCUUUCCUCCCCUGCUCCCUGCUUGCUGUUGUUUUGACGCUAUUCUGCUUGCAUGUCUUCUGGUUGGGAUGUGGAGUUGUUGCUGGGCUCUCAGGCGAAGCUGAAGUCAUUGAAGUGUGUGAAGCUCUGUGCUUGCAUGAGGGCGAGCAAGGAAUGGCUGUGCCUGGGGCUGCUUUGGGAAACUCUUUGCCCCUUGACCUCUUUUGGGAGCAUUCACGUGGUCUUCUUGCUCAUCCCUUUAUAAAUGUGCUCUGCCUGCCUCAGCCUCAUGGUCAGAGCAGUGGAAACUGGAGCCCUGUUUGCACAUUCUAGUUGUUGGGAGAAAGCCCGGGUUCUGGGCUCAGGUCCAGAUGCAGCAGGGAUUCUGUUCUCUGACUGUGGCGACCUUGCUUUGGUUCUUGUUGAAGUGAACCAAGCCCAGCCACCACGCAUGGCAUGCUGUGCUUGGCUCCCCAUAAGACGUCCUCUUUGGGUGCACGGUGUCAAAGUGUAGGCAGGAGUGGAGAGCUGGUGCCCUCAGGAGGAGACCACAGCAUGUUCAUCAGCUCAUCAGCAGAGCACAACAGCCACAAGUCCUGAGAAGCUUUGACCUUGAGGGGCUUCUAGGAGAAGUGGAAUUUCUGCAUGGGGCGUGAAGGCACACUGUCCCACCACAACUGAACCAGAAGAGAGAGAAGACUCCCCCCUUUCCAUCCUCUGUGCCGGGUGUCAGACUGCGCUCCCUGGAGCUUAUGGCCCGAUCUUACCUGUUCUCUGGGGACUGGUCACUGCCUCAGGAGCCCCAAGCCUAUGCCCUGAGCCAUGGCUGCUGAUUGACUCCAGCCAAGGUGCAAAGAUGAAAUUAUGGGACAGGGCCUCAGGCCUGUGUUCCAAGUACUCACAGGGGCUCUGGGUGCCCAUCGCCGGGAGUAUGGUUCAGCUACCACCGGCACUGCCCAUUUGCCUGUCUCUCAAGCUCAGAGCAUGGAUGAGCCGCACAGCAGAGCAGUGCACCCUGGCACCAUGCACGGCCAGCAAGAAUCAAGGCCUGCAGAUGCUAAGAGAGCCUAUUGUCAGGGGAAGGACCCCACCCCUGCACACACUCUCUGUGGAUACUUGGGUUGUGGGGGCUGUCUUGGAGAGUAAGUUUGUGGUUGGUUUCUGGUUUACAGUGGUGGCUGACACCCCUUGUAAGAAAGCAUUCCUGGGAAGUCUUCUGUGGGUCUAAACAUGUUGCUCCGAUCAUCACGCGAGAGCAGAAGGCCCUAGAUACCCCCUUUGGAAUGUGAGAGCCUUGUUGUCUGAUACUUGCCACUGAGCUGGUGAAGCCGCUCUAAGGAGAUCUCGACCCUGGGGAGCAGAACUCUUGUCAUCUAUGAGGGGUCCUUCUGAGAAAGACUCAUUUUUUUCCUGGAGUUCUUCCCGUCGAGGUCCUAGGAUUUCACACCACUGUCCCAUAAGAGCUUUCCUGCCUAAUGAAAGGAGGUCUUGUGUGUGUCUCCUCUCAUCUCUGUAGUUCUCGAGUUGGCCCCCAUUGCAGCCCCACCCUGUGGGUAGUCUUCCAGAAGUGAUGCAGUGGUGUGAGAUGCCCUACACCUUGUUAUUUGGGAGACUUUGAGAAUCACUUCCAUGGUGACCAGUGUUUGUUUUGCCUGAUUUUGUAUUCUGUGUUGCAUUUCUCCCCACUCCCUGCCCUGCUUUAAUAAAUGGCAAACCAAUGUCUAGGAAGAAUGACUGAAGGGCAGUAUUGGGUAUUGGCCCCAUGGCAGGAGCAGCCACUUGCAUCUGGUCCCGGUGCCACACUGCAGUGCUUGGUGUGGUUGUGGAGCCUGUCCCUGCACGCCUUGCUCCCGUUGAGCCACGCUGUUUGGUGGGUGAUUCUCUGCCCUGAGCCACCACUCUGGACUGGCCCAGUCUCCAGAGCUGGCACACCCUGCCUGUUUUCUCUUUUUAGACACAACAGCCGCAGUUUGGCCAGCCACUAAGUCCCACCAGCUGAGGUCCGAGGAAAGCGGGGUGACUCAUUUCCCUUGUCCAGGGCCCCAGGAGAGUGAGGUGUCCAGCCUGCAAAGCUGUUCCAGCUCCUCGGUGUUGGUUUGCAAUAAAUCGG